AUGUGUAUGCAGAAACUCGCGAGCCCCGAGACCAAUUACAAUCGAAAUGAUGCUAUGAAUAGCUUCAGCAUCCGUCUGCCAUUGAACGUACAGACCUUAUCGACUACUACAAUAUACGAUGUUCAGCUUGUAUGCACAGAGCGACCAGGACCAAAGAGAUCUGUAGAUGCAGUCAGCGUCCGACGCAGACUGCAUAUGUUUGGCCAAGAUCCAUUCUCACCGCCAAGGACGACAGAAUAUAUGCAUCCUUACACCUUAAGAGACAUUAAAAACAGAGCUGUACAGCAGGUUUACGAGCGUAAAGGAAGAAAUAUUCACGGAUCAAUAGUAUCAGAAGUAGCCAGUCCUGAAUCAUCCGCUCUUACAAUGCCGGAACAAGAACCAGAACAAGUGAAGAGAAAGGGAGGAGGACAUGAAGUACUAAUCAAAGAGCCAAAACGAAAGAGCACAGAAGCAGUAAGGAAAUGGUUUGCACGUAAAAGGGAAGAAAGAAAAAGAGGUGACAAGAAAGCUAUAGAAUUUUUUGCAAAAAGGAAUAGGUAUAACAACAAGAAAGUCAGAGAAAAAAUUGCUAGAAUUCAACAAGGCACUGCUACACCUUUAGAACAAGAGCAAUACAAAAAUUUUCGAAAUAAACAAAAACAAUGGAAAGAUAAUAAUCGAGAAAAGAGGAAUGCAUAUUUGAGAAACAGGCCUUCAAUUGGCGUUAGUAUUCGGAAAAAGAAACGACUUCCUGAUACGCAGUCGCUGCCUAAUCAAACAACAAAUCCACCACAAGUUUCUGCGGGAUCGAUAGAGCAACAGCCAGUAGUAGCUGCACCAGAAACUUCAACAAUAGCAAAGACGUCCGCUGCGACUCCAUCAAAACGAAAGAAAAAGCCUUUCGACCUCAAUUUAAAACCACCGAGUAAGAAAAAGAGUACAGAAGCCGUGAAAGCAUUCUAUAACCGCAAAAAAGAAGCCAGACAAAGAGGUGAUCCAAAAGCGAUUGAAUUUUUCAAAAAUGAAAGCUUAAGAAGAUCAAAUAGAGAGAAACGGAAAAGAGAAAAAGUUUUCUCCGGUGAAGCUACGCAGGCGGAAGAAGAGGUGUAUCAACAAAUACUGGCUAGAAAUAGAAAGUACAAGCAUGAUAAUCUGCUGCAGAUGAUUUUUCUCAUUCUUCCUUUUGAAUCAAGGAUAUUCGUGAAUGCAGUCAGCGUCCGACGCAGACUGCGCAUGUUCGGCCAAGAUCCAUUUUCACCUCCAAAGACGACAGAGUAUAUGCAUCCUUACACCUUAAGAGACAUUAAAAACAGAUCAGUACAGCAGGUUUACGAGCGUAAAGGUAAAGAGGUUCUUGGAUCAGCUAAAGACUACGUACCUUCAACAAAUAGAGUUCAUAGUCGUAAAAUUGAGAAGGGUGGGAACAAUGACCGAAAGAAUUAUAUCCACGCGAAAACGGCAGAAAGCGAAAGUGGUGAUACGCAGUCGCAGUAUACUCUUCGAUCGAAAGCUGCAAAUCAUCUGAAGAAAGUAAGUUGUGUAGAGUACGACGAUGGCGGCUACGAUACCGAUUCAAUAAGAAGACCAAAAGACGGGGACGCCAUCAACAGGAUCCGGAGAGUAUAUAAAGAAUCAUCCGAAAAGGAGCACCGCGAUGCAACUCUGAUAUCGUCCAAAGACCAGCCCCCUAAAAAAUAUCCUAAUAAGUGGUACUGGCAACAAAAAGCAUUACGCAACAGUGGUGACGUUGAAGCAAAGCAGAAUUAUACUCUGCGAAAUAGAAGAGAAUGGCUAGAAAAAAAGGCACGCAGAAAAAAGGUCAUUGAUGGAACAGCAACCGAACAUGAAUUGCAAAAGCACAAAAAUUUCACAAAUACUCGAAAAAAAUACAGUGAAACACAUCGUGAACAGAUUGCCGAGUACAAAAGGAGGUAUCAUAUGAGAAAAAAAGUAAACAGGAGCAAAAAGGAGUAA